ACAUAUCUAAAACACAAAGUUUAAUUAAUACUUGAUGCAUCAAACAUGGCAACAAAGGAGACAGCUUUUUGGGCUCUUUCUUUCUGUUUUAAUCUCAUUUUAAUGCAUCUACUCUAUGUAAAUGGAGAACCCAAGGAUUUUUACAUUGUCUUCUUGAAAGACGAUGAUUCUAGACUUCGCGAAUCCCAUAUCGACGUUCUUUAUGCUAUUAAGAACUGCCAUGUUGAUGCAGAGGAGUCCCUCGUCUAUAGCUAUACGAAAAGUUUCAAUGCAUUUGCAGCCAAGUUACACGAAGAAGAAGCCAAACGAUUAUCUAGCUUGGACGUAGUUGUUGCUGUUCUGAGGAAUAAAUAUCGAAAGUUACAUACGACAAAGUCAUGGGAUUUCAUUGGAUUGACGGAAACAGCUAAAAGAAACUUGAAAAUGGAGAGUGAUAUUAUCGUAGGAUUGUUGGACACAGGGAUCACCCUAGAAUCAGAGAGCUUUAAUGACACUGGAUUUGGACCUCCACCUGCAAAAUGGAAAGGGACUUGUGGUCACUUUGCAAAUUUCUCAGGAUGCAAUAACAAAAUAAUAGGAGCUAAGCACUUCAAGCUGGAUAAAAAUCCAGACCCAAGUGACAUUCUUUCACCCAUUGAUGUUGAAGGACAUGGAACUCAUACAUCCUCAACAUUAGCAGGAAACCUAGUUCCAAAUGCACACUUAUAUGGUCUUGCAAAAGGGACUGCUCGUGGGGCGGUUCCAUCUGCGCGAAUCGCUAUGUACAAAGUCUGUUGGGCUAGCUCGGGCUGCUCCGACAUGGACAUGCUCGCUGCCUUUGAAGACGCAAUUCACGAUGGCGUCGAUGUUAUCUCCAUCUCUAUUGGAGGCCUCGAAGCUAAUUACGACACCGAUCCCAUAGCAAUUGGCGCUUUUCACGCCAUGAGAAAAGGAAUCCUGACCAUUGCUUCGGCUGGAAACGAUGGGCCGAGGCUCGGGAGUGUUGCAAACCAUGCGCCGUGGAUCUUGACUGUCGCGGCUAGUGGGACAAACAGACAAUUCAGGAGCAAAGUUCAGCUCGGAAACGGAGUGGCUGUAUCUGGAGUUGGAGUUAGCUUAUUGGACACUAAUCAAAAACAAUACCCGCUUAUAGACGGGACCAACACAGCCAUAAACAAUGAAAACAAGGACCGUGCAAGCAAUUGUUACGAAGAGGCAUUGAAUCCUACAAAGGUGAAGGGGAAGGUUGUAAUGUGUAAGUUGGCAAUGUGGGGAUCGGACUCCGUCGUAAAAAGUAUGGGUGGGAUCGGUGCAUUAGUCGUGAGUGAACGGUAUCUCGAUGCUGCCCAAAUUUUCAUGGCUCCAGCAACGAUGGUAAACACAACUACAGGCGAAACAAUUAGCAAAUACUUAAACUCAUCCAGAUCAGUACCAUCCGCGGCAAUAUACAAGUCCGAAGAGGUUAGUGUCCAAGCACCAUUCAUCGCCUCCUUUUCAUCUCGAGGUCCAAAUCCGGGAUCAACCAACAUUCUCAAGCCUGAUAUUUCGGCACCAGGCAUCGACAUUUUGGCGUCAUACACACCUAUCAAGUCACUAACUGGAUUGAAAGGCGACACCCUUCAUUCAAAGUUCACUCUCAUGUCUGGAACUUCAAUGGCAUGUCCUCAUGUUGCCGGAGCAGCCGCCUACAUCAAGUCAUUCCACUCCAAUUGGUCUCCAGCAGCCAUUAAAUCCGCCAUUCUAACAACCGCAACACCUAUAAGCUCAAGAGUGAACCGGGAAGCCGAAUUUGCAUAUGGGACCGGUCAAGUGACACCAAGGAGAGCAUUAAGCCCCGGACUAAUCUAUGAAAUGAAUGAGAUGUCUUACAUCCAAUUUCUAUGCCAUGAGGGCUAUUCUGGAUCAAAAAUGGCGGUUUUUGUCGGGUCAAAAUCCAUAAACUGCUCAUCUUUACUUCCGGGGCGAGGAAGCGACGCAUUGAAUUAUCCCACAAUGCAGCUUAGCAUAAAAAGCACAAAAGAAACCACUAUAGGUGUGUUCAUGAGGCGGGUCACAAAUGUUGGUCCUGCUCUGUCCAUUUACAACGCCACAAUCAUAGCUCCAAAAGGAGUAGAAAUCAUAGUCAAGCCAACAAUGCUAUCAUUUUCUCGGGUGUCUCAGAAAAAGAGUUUUAAGGUCGUGGUGAAGGCAAAACCAACGUCGAGCUCACAAGUACUUUUGUCGGGUUCCCUUGUUUGGAAAAGCUCUAAUCACAUUGUGAGGAGUCCAAUUGUGAUAUAUACUCCAGAGGAAGAUUCAGUCCCUAUGAAUGUUAUUAAUAAGUCUUGAGUGUUGAUUGUAAUAUUGUUGAUCAUUUUAUUUUAUUAAUUAAAUUGUUACGAGUGUCUAAUUUCACAAUGUACAAAACACUAGGAGUUUACAUGAAAGUGCAACUAUAAAAGGGAAGUAAACUCCAUAUUAUGUAAUGUAUACAAUUUGUACCCUAAUCUCAUUCUUCUCCAAGAUUGUUUUCUUC